AUGCAUGCGACAUGUACCGCCGUAUUUGUAGCUGUCGCCGCCAUAAUCGGUUUCGGCUUCUCGAGCCUACGGACUUUGGGACGCAUCAGUUGGCUGGCUUGGAUCGGUGUCACAAGUAUUGUGGUUGCUGUUCUUACCGUGACCAUCGCUGUGAGUCUUCAGGACCGUCCCGCUGCCGCGCCACAAGACGCUGUAUGGGAAUCCGACUUCAAGAUUGUCAACACUCCGACGUUUACCCAAGCUAUCAGCGCCAUCUCUUCUCUGGUCUUCUCGUAUGCUGGUACUCCUGCCUUUUUCUCAAUCGCAGCCGAGAUGCGUGACCCGCACCACUACACCCGAUCCCUUGUACUCUGCCAGUCGGUCGUCACUGUUGUUUACCUAGCCGUAGGAGUGGUUGUUUACUACUACUGCGGGUCCUACGUGUCGUCACCCGCCCUCGGUUCUGCCGGCCCUACCGUCAAGAAAGUUGCUUACGGCCUUGCGCUUCCUGGACUAAUCGUUUCAGCGGCUGUAAUGCUUCAUGUAGGUACUUCACUCUUCGACAAAGAAUCAUGCUGA